AUGACCACCCCUGCCCGUCCCCGCCAGUCUGCCAUUCCAGGCCCAGGUCGCCUCACCGGAAUCCCCACCCCGGGCAGAUCCCGUUCUAGUUCCAGUGUCUAUCAGACCACCCCAAUAACCGCCCCAAACGACAUCGAACGCGCCUUUCACGAUGCCGUAAAGGCAAACGACCCCUCGCACCACCGCACAGGCUUUCCACCGACCCUGCCCUCUUCCUCCUCGUUAUCGCCCCAGUCUAUCUCCCACUCGCUUUCCUCAGGGCGUCGUUCGGUCGCGGGUCGCCCCUCGUCUUCUGCAUCCACCUCGUCUGUCAAGGUAACGGAACGCGCAAAGACCCCCACAUCAGCUCGAACAUCGAGCAGACCUCCCAGCCGACAAUCAGACGCGGCAACACGCCUUCCCAGAUCCUUCGAAGUCGGUGAUAAUGUACGAAUAGAGUCCCUUGGAUUCGAAGGGACGUUGCGAUACCUAGGCGAAAUUGACGGUAAGCCUGGGCUUUGGGCUGGAGUUGAACUUAGUGGAGGCUUUGCUGGGAAGGGAAAGAACAACGGUUCGGUAGCAGGACAGCAGUACUUUGUCUGCCCUGACAAAUGCGGUGUAUUCGUUGCCACUACCAAACUCUCAGCACCAACAGUGGGCCCCGGCGCUGUCCAGCGUCCCCCAUCUGUCGCAUCUUCCAGAGGUGGAAGGACCACUCCAGCCAACUCCGGCAGAAUCACUCCUUCCUUCCUCUCCAGAACCCCAUCGGCGUCUCUCUCGAACGGUAGGGUUACCCCGGUGACAUCAGGUCGAGUCACUCCCUCUUCGUCCAUCGGGAGGAUGACACCAGGCAACCUUCCAACAGCGAGACGAACUUUCAAGACGCCUACCUCCAAGCCCAAUGGUGCUACUCUUUCAGACAAGAUCACUGCAGGCUCUCGUGCUUCCAAAUACAUGACCAUGACAGCACAGCAACUCAAUUCACGAGAUCUUAAUUCUAGAGUUGAAAGCCCCACACGCAAAAGUCACGAAAAUGGUGGCUUCAUGCUCUCCAGUCCAACGAUAUCUCGCUCCCUCUCGUCACCCUCUCGUUCUACUGGAUCGCCCUUCUCUACACCAAGGCCAAUAAAUGGGCGACCUUCUGUUAUUGGAGGAAUCACUGCCUCUCCGUCUUUGCCCUCCACUCGCAGUCGACCAUCUAUGAAUACUCCGCGUCCACGGGUUCCAAGUGCCGUAGCCAUGCCACCUCCACCUUCUCCUAAAACGUCAGCGAUACAGCCGGAUAAGUCCCUUCCCGAUGCAGCGGCAACCACAUCUCGGCCAAGUUCUUCGGCGUCAUUCAGAUCUGUCGGAACGGACGAGCUCAAUCUUAUCGAGCAGUUGCAAUCUCGUCUCGAAGCAGCUGAAUAUGAGAACGAGCGUCUGCGUUCUGCAACGUCUGAACCUGAUAUGACUUCCACCUACACCGCAGAGCUGGAGCAGCUCCGACUGGAAUUCCAAGAAUCCGUUGAUCAGAAGAGCUCCCUGCAGGAACGUUUCUCCUUGCUCCAACUAGAACUUAGCUCCAACAACACCAGACUCGAGAGCCUGCAGGCGGAAAACUCCCGAUUGACCGUGCAAGUUACAGACGCCCAAUCAGAGAUACAGCGCUUUGAGGAGGAUAGGCUGCAAGAGCAGCAAAAGCACUUGCUUGACUUGGAAUCGUUGCAAGACAAACUCGAGCAAAUUGACAGCCUUGUCCUCCAGAAAGAUGCGACAAUCGAGUCUCAAGCAAAGGACGUCGAGCGGUUGACAUCAGAUAUUAGCCACCUCAGGGCAGAUCUAGAAGAAGAGCGGAAAGAGCUCGGCGCACAGAUUGACGAACUGCGCAUUGCUGGCCAGGAAACAAUUGCAUUGUAUGAAGAGCGCCUAUCUGAUUCAAACACCCGCCGCUACGAAUUUGAGCAACGUGUAACUGCGCUUGAAGCAAGCCUCGAGGCCGCUACCAAAGGUGACCAUUCUCAAGAACAAGCUUCUCGAGCCACGUCAGCAGCCACCCAAAUCGACAACGAAUCGCUCCGUGAUCAAGUCCAGCACCUGCAACGAAGAUCAAACAAGUUGGAAGAGCAGUUGGAAGACGCUCGCGCGGCUUUGGAAAGGGAUGUUGCUGCCUAUCAGGAUAAAAUCGCUCGUAUCCGAUUGGAGGACGACCAAAGAAAACGAGAUCUCGCGCUCAAAACGAGAGAAGUCGAACAAUUACUCAAAUCCGAAGCAAACGCACGUGGACGUAUCGAAGAGAUUGAAGAGGCUCUACGAGAGAGCACAGUUGCUCUGGAGAACGCUCGUGGUGAAGUCGAGACGUUAAGAGCAGAAUUGGAUAAUCUGGACGUCUUGAUUGACGAUGCAAGCGAAGGAGACAUUGCAUCAAGACUGGCCAAUUUCAUGAAGAAAGCCUCAGUAGACAAGGCCCGACUCCAGCAAGAGAUUGUACGCCUCGAGGACUUGGUCCAAAAUUUGCGUGCCGAGAACAAGCGCGUUCAAGACCAGCCAACCGCCAACCUUUCCAAUGUCCACGCUUCAUUGCAAGAAACUAUUGACAGCUUGAAGGCCCAAAAUGCACAACUUCAUGGUCAAAUCGCGGGCUUGAAUAGCAAAGUGUCAGAAUUGACACAGAGUCUCAAUGAUCAGAACAACGAAAUGGAUGGGCUACGUAAGAAGCUCAACCGCGAGGCCCUUGUCAACGGCACUUCAGAGCCCAAGGCUGUCUCACCGAAGUCGGAGUCUUCUACGGUUCGAGAGGAAGUGGCUGGUCUCAAACAUAUUGUGCAAGAACUGCAGAAAGAAAACUUAGCGGCUGCUCAACAAAUCAAGCUCCUGGAGUCGGAGAAUCUGCUGUUGACUGCUGAGACUGAGCAACUUCGUCAGGAGGUUCGCAUACUGGAAGAUAAUCUUGACGAUAGCAUCCAUCUUGGAGCUUCUACAAUGGACAGCCCACCGAGCAAUUCAAACGAAGUAGAUGGGCAGCAUCGGAAGAUGAAAGAGCAAACCAGCCGGUUAGAGAGCGAAUUGGAACAAAUGCGCAAACGACUCAACGAGGCCGAAAUGAAGCAUGCUCGUGCAACGCAUGAUCUGAACAAGGAGAUCAGUGAAUUGGAAGCGCUAGUGGAAUCCAAGAUCUAUCGAGAGGACGAGUUGGAACAAGAAGUCGAACGGCUCAAGGAAAAGUUAUCGCGACACAAGAAGUCGUCAAAAGGGGCGAACGAAAGCCAGGAUGGUCGACACCGGCUGAGCAACGCGUCGAUCAGCACGACAAGCUCUGAGAAGCGUGUGGUUGAAAGCCGUGAGGAGGUGUGCGAGAUCUGCGAGCGGCCUGGGCACGACAUCUUCAAUUGCAGUCUAUUGAAGGAUGACGUGGGGACGGGGCUGGUGUGCGAGGACUGCGAGAGCCCGGGUCAUGUCGCCGCCAAUUGCCCCCACUCGCAGGAUGUUUUCUGA